AACAAUUUUCAAAACAAAUGAUGACAUAUGUCAUAUUUGACGUACAUCAUACGUCAACAAUGUCAAACCUGCCACAACAACUAACUCUAACCUCAAAAUGUCAGACGAUGCUGUCUUCGAAUUUCUACAUUCCGAACUUAUAAAUUACAUAAUAAGUCAAAAUGAAGGCAAAAGUAAAGAAGGAAAGGAUGAAGAUUUAUCCAACAUCGAGUACAUUGGGUUUUCAACAGGGUACAGGAUAAUAGAGAGGUUAACAAAGGAGAUGCCUCGCUUUAAAGACGAGCUUGAUACGAUGAAAUUUAUUUGCACUGAUUUUUGGUCUGCUCUUUACAAAAAGCAGAUUGAUAAUUUAAGAACAAAUCACCAAGGGGUUUACGUGUUACAAGACAAUAGCUUCAGGUUUCUAACAAAAUUGUCAAGUGGGAAACAGUACUUAGAAGUAGCCCCCAGGUUUGUGGCGUUCACGUGUGGGAUUAUUAGAGGUAGCUUAGCAAAUCUAGGGAUUGGAUGUCUGGUUACAGCUGAAGUGCAGAAUAUGCCCUCAUGUAAAUUUCAUAUACAAGUGCAAAGGACAUAAUUAGGGAAAAAUAAAUGUUUUCAAUUUUAUAUAAAA